AUGCCAACGGGAUGGUUCAAGGGCCCAGUAUGUGGCACCGACAAUUGUCCGUCCCGGAGAUACCGGUCCAGCGACGGUCUCACCAUCUGCCAGUACGGACAUGUCAUGGAAGGUAACAUUGAGAUCGACGACGACCAGGAUACGGUGGCCAUUCCCACGCGCAGAUUGAACGCAGUGACGGUGGACGCUCGUGGAGGCUUCACUAGCGGCAUGCCUUCACAGGCCAGUGCCGGCAAGAGGAACCGCCGUCUCUACGGAAAGGAGGGGCGUCGGUUAUAUUACCGAUGCCUUCAGGUGCUCUUGAAGAGGGAGUUUGAGAUCAUUUUGGACACAUACUUCACCGAGAGUGCCAACCCCGACAUGCUCUUGCUCCUCAAGGCCAACUGGAUGCGGAUCAUCGCGCCGUACGUCGAACGCUCCGACGACGAUAACGACGAAGCCGAUGCCAAAGACAACCACGACGAUGAAGCUGACCACCCCGACGACGCCGACAAACCCGCCGCCUCCCGCAGACACACACAGGUGGCCACCUUGGACGUGUUGGCGCUAAUCUACAUCACUGCGCUCCAGCUCCGGUUGCACCCGCUCUACGCCAACCAGAUGCUCGAGGGCAUCCGCACCAACGAGAUCCCCUAUAUCCGGUGUUUGCACCUCAUUCCGAAAUCGAUGCUCGACCGGCUCCAGAUGUCGUACCACCGCAUCCUCCAGCCCACCACCCUCCCGGUGAAGGGCGAGUUCUAUGACUACGUACAGCUCAACCUCCGACGCUUGGGUCUCGCCGCAAACUUCUCAGUGCCCACCAACUUCUACUACCCGUACAUGCUCACGGUGGUAGCGGAGGGCCUCAUGCUCCCCAACGCGUUGCGCAUUUUCGGCUUGCUCGUGGACCUCAACCAGUUUGUGGGGCGGGGCCGCACCAUGGUGGUGCACUACGCCGGUGCUAGCCGGGCAUUUCCCGAGCUCCAGUUGGCCGCGUUGGUGCUCUUCGUGGUGCGAGCCCAUUUCUUCCACCAAGUGGCGGGGGAGCCAGUAGAUGCAGCGUCCUGGCUUGCGACCUUGCAGGACUACCAGGAAAACCACUCGCCCUCGUUUCUUAUAUCCGAUAACAGAGAGCUCAUCGACUGGUCGCCGGCAAAAAUCGACCGCUACUGUGACUGGCUCUACCAACACCUCAUUCCCGACCGCAAGAAGAACUUGGCGGAGGCGAUGCCGGGAGACGAGCUCCCCAUCAUGGAAAAGCGGCUCUACCAGCUCUUCGAGAUGGACGAGAAGCCGCCCUCGACAGACUCCCCCAGAUUGGGAGACCUCUUACAGAAGAUGGUGGCUGGCGGAGCAAAGUCCGGUGGAGGCUCCACGCCGACACCUGCGGAGGUGGAUGCAAAAAUUCGCGCCAGGCUCUGCGAGGAGUUGGGCAUCACCCAGGCGCAAUUGGGUCGGUGUUACGACGACACUACCAGCGCGAUCAAAAAGGCAUUAGAUGCCUAA